UGCUCUCCUACCCCCUCCCUCCGCUCUCCUCCUCCUCCUCCUCGCCGCUCCGCUCCCUCUCCUCCUCCUCUCUCCGCCGUUACAGCCGCACCGGGAGCGGGCGCCGUGACCGCGGCGCGGACCUGCCCGGAGCGCGGAGCCGCCCGCGGCCGCGCAGCCUCCGCCGCCGGAGCGCGGAGGGGAAGAGCCCGGCGCCCUCCGCUCCCCGCCUCCCACCGCGGGGCGAGGAAAGCCGUUUGAAUCCGCGGAGACAGCGGGACUCCCGGCCGAGCUCCGUGCCUGCGGGGAUGGUUCCUGCAGCGCCCUGCGCCCGCGGGCGCCGGCGAGCGCUGCCGGGCGGCGCGCACUGAGGGCGGGCGCGGAUCCUGCUCCCAGCUGUCCCAUUUUAUGGAGCUGUGGUCCAGGGCCAGCCCAGCUCCUCUGCGAUGUUGCUGGUCCCGGCGUGGAGAGACCCUCAGGAGCCCCACGGAGCCUGAGGGCCAAGGCGGCAGUGGCGGCGGCCCCCCUGUGCGCCCCGGCUGACUACUAUGGCCGUGUACUGCUAUGCACUCAAUAGCUUGGUGAUGAUGAAUAGCAACAGUGAGGUGACAAACGGCGGGAGCAAGACGCCGCCUCCUCCCGGGCAAGUGCUGCCCAGGGGCCCAGAGACGCCCGGCAGCUGCCGCCCACUCCCUGUCUUCAGCCCGGCCCCCGUGCCGCCCCGCUCCCCACGCCGUGGCCCCGCUUUCCUCUUCCCGCCGCUUGAGGAGCCUCCGCGGCAGCCGGGCAGCCCUGGGGGGCGGAGGGGCAGCCGCAGCGAAGAGGGGCAGCCAGGAUCCCCCACGGCGUGGCAGCUCCAGCGAGAGCUGCACAAUGUCCAGGUGAACCAGAAAGUGGGGCUCUUCGAGGCACACAUCCAGGCGCACAGCUCUGCUGCCCAGCCACCACGGAGCCCCCGGCCAUCCUCCCCACGGCCGUCCUCCCCACGGCCGUCCUCCCCACGGCCGUCCUCCCCACAGCUGUCCUCUCCACAGUCGUCCUCCCCACGGCCAUUGUCUCCCCGGCCAUCCUCACCCCGGCCCCAGCCUGCCAGCCCAACGGCGCCAGUGGUGGGACUUGGAACCUUAUCCCAGCCAGGAGCCCGUGAGGAGAAUGAGGCCCCCACUGCUGGUGGGACAGAGGUCUCUUCGAGCACUGCAGAGCCCUCGGGGAGGCCAGUGGGGCUGGUGGUCCCAGCUGUAGGGCUGGCAGAGGGCAGCAGCCCCCUGGAGCUGUCAGGGCCUGCACCACAACGAAGUGAAGUGGUGGUGGCCCCCGCAGGACUUGGGGGCCAGUGCACAGCCAUUGGCACGAACAUCCCCGCCGUCAUCGUCACGGACCUGGGGGGCCCAGAGGAGGAGGCGGGUGCUGUGCCCCCCAGCAGCUUGCCCGUUCGGAAGCUGUCGUCGUCCUCAGCCUCUUCCACUGGCUUCUCCUCAUCCUGGGAGGAGUCCGAGGAGGACAUCUCCAGUGACCCUGAGCGCACCCUGGACCAGACACCGGCCUUCCUGCAGACCUUGGACCAGCAGAAGCCCCGAGUGAGCAAAUCAUGGCGGAAGAUCAAAAAUAUGGUGCACUGGUCCCCAUUUGUGAUGUCUUUCAAGAAGAAGUACCCUUGGAUCCAGCUAGCGGGACACGCAGGUAGUUUCAAGGCAGCAGCCAAUGGCAGGAUACUGAAGAAGCACUGUGAAUCGGAACAGCGCUGCCUUGACCGCCUGAUGAACGAUGUCCUGAAGCCCUAUGUUCCUGCCUACCAUGGUGAUGUUGUGAAGGACGGGGAGCGAUACAACCAGAUGGAAGAUCUGCUGGCUGAAUUUGACUCCCCCUGCGUUAUGGACUGCAAAAUGGGGGUCAGGACAUACUUGGAGGAGGAGCUGAUAAAGGCCCGGAAGAAGCCAAGCCUGAGGAAGGACAUGUACCAGAAGAUGAUUGAGGUAGAUCCUGAUGCCCCCACUGAGGAGGAGAACGUGCUGCGGGCAGUAACCAAGCCCCGCUACAUGCAGUGGAGGGAGACCAUCAGCUCGACUGCCACGCUGGGCUUCAGGAUCGAGGGGAUAAAGAAAGAGGAUGGCACUGUGAACCGGGACUUCAAAAAGACACGGACAAAGGAACAGGUCAUGGAGGCCUUCAGGGAGUUCACCAGAGGAAAUCGCAACGUUUUGAGCAGUUACCUUAACCGGUUGAAGGGUAUCCGCGCUACCCUGGAGACAUCCCCGUUCUUCAGGUGCCAUGAGGUAAUCGGGAGUUCCCUCCUCUUCAUUCACGACAAGAAGGAACAGGCCAAAGUCUGGAUGAUUGACUUUGGGAAAACCACCCCGCUGCCAGAGGGACAAGUUCUCCAGCACAACGUGCCCUGGGUGGAAGGGAACAGAGAGGAUGGCUACCUCUGGGGGCUGGACAACCUCAUUCAGAUCCUGACAGAGUUGUCCCAGAGCGAAGACUUGCAUUAAAGCCGCGUGUCCAACUCUGCCACUACCCCCAACCUGCCCCUGACUGACUCUUCUGAACUGCACUACAAGACACUUUCCAGCCCCCGCCCUUCCCAUUUGAAAGCUAUACUAUCCCUAUUUAAUUUGUUUUUGUUGUGGUUUUUUUAGGUUGUCUUGGUUGUAUUUUCCCUCUCCAUGUAAAUAGAGAGCUAACCUGCCAGAACAAAAGCUGAACUUGAACCAUGGGUGUUGCAGAGCUGGUGGGAGCACACAGCUGUUCUGGCCGGGAGCAGCUCUGAGGAGUUGCUUGGGCAAGCGUGUGCUUCGCCCUUCACACUUUUGUCCCUUGUGCAGCCUGAUUUUAAGAGGGCUGGUGGAGGAAGGAGCCUCUCCCUGCACCGGGAUCUGUAGCGUCAUCCCAAAAACACCGAGUGGCCAUGCCCAGCACCUUCUGACAGCCAUGGUGCGUGAACAAGGCCUGGAGAUGGCAAAGGAUGCUGGGGUAGGAGCCCUUUACUUGCCUUUGCCAGCACCUUUCAGCCUGAGGAACUGGCUGCGCCGGGUCCUUAAGAGAUGCUAGAAGGGCAGAUUUGGGUUUUUCUUGGUGUUCAAGACAUCCCAUGGAGGUUGCUGAGUUAUUAUAUUUUCAAGUGGCACUGGAGGGCGAGGGUGAGGGUUUCCCUCCUGCUGUGGGCACGUGUUCAGGCACAGAUAUUUACCAUGGCCAGGUGUUUCCCACCCACCUCCCUGUGCUGGGUGCAUUGGUGUGGUGGGUAGCACUUCAAGCUCCUCUCUAGAGACCCAGCUUCUCUUCUAGGAGAUGCCUCCAACCCUCCUUAGCUUAGGUCUCCAGCCCUCCAUGGGGAAUAAAGACUUUGGGUAGGGCUGAGGGAGAGAAAAACAGCUUAUACAGGACUACUAUGAGACCUAAAGUGGCCAUCUAGGUUGAUCAGUCUUUUCUGGCAGCAGCCAAGCACAUACGUAGGGAUAGUGCCACCAGUGCCUGCACCUGGCCCAGGGUGACCCUCCCACCUGGAGCAUCUCUAAUUUUUGUCAGAAGUGAGUGAAGAGUUACAGCAGCAAAGCAAUUCCCAGGGUGGCCAGGUUCAUCCUCUUUGGGAAGCAGAGUUGGGGUCAGGCACCCUGCUGUGCCUUCCCUUUUACCCCACAGAGGUGGCUGCCUCUGCCGCUGCUCCUUGGUGCUGACAUGGGGACGGCCUCUGUGCUCCUGUGAAAACACCCAGUUCCCUGUUUAGGGCGGAGGCUAUUUUUUAAACUUCCUGGAACAUUUGAACGAAGCAGUUUGCGCACAGCAGAGCUAAAGGUCAGUGAUGGAGAGGCUGGCGAGGAGACGAGGCCACAGGGUUGAGGUCACAAGGGGCGUGCAGUGCUGGAGGUGGUGCAGAAGCUUAACAGCCGCAAAUCCCUCACCCUGCUCCAUCCCCAAACCCACCGUCUCCCCUUGCACCCCAGGAGCAGUACUCCAGAGCCCCUCUCUUAUUGUUAAGUGGGUCCAGCAUCCUCAGGGGGAAGUCUUCUCCUGGCAGCAAUACAGAACAGGAGUUGGCCAUCGAGCCACCUGCAGCCAUGCCCCAGCCUCUUUCCUGAGGACUGAAGUCUCCUAAGGAAUUUUUUGGUUCAUAUCUCACCAAGCAGAUGUCUUCAGCUCAUCUGGUGCCAUUGUAAAUGGUUGCACUGUUUUAGCUCUUUGCCAGGCUUUCUAGAAUAUCCCAUGUGGAAGUGCCUUAUAGACUUGCCUCUGUUCCAUUAGUGUCAUGGAAAAGGUUGGGUUUUUUUAAGUUAUAUUUAUUUUCAUCCCAUUUUAAUUGCACAAAACACUAAAAGUUAAUGCAUGAAAUCCCUCUUCUUUUUUUUUUUUUUUUUUAAACUGUGUUUUUAGUUUUUAAACCAUCCCUUUUCCAGCUUUGGAGAAAGGGUGUGAACAGAUAUGCAUAGAUAUGUACCAGUUAUUGCUGUACUUAGCUUUGAGCUGCUCUUAUAUAUGUAUAUUAUUUUUUAAGCCUGUUUAUAAACCAGAUUCUUGCUUUGUGGCUUCGGAAGAAGCAGGUUGUUCCUCUCAGAUGUCUUACGCCUUUCUGGAGGCUGGAACAGUUGCCACGAGGGAUUUUCCCUGCUCCAAACUCCCGGCUCGGUCAUUGGGUAGUACAGAGAAAAAUCCGAACCAGUCUGAAAGAGUAACGCACAGUGCCUGUAAAAAAACAAACAACAACAACAACCCUGUAACUUUGCAAAUAAAGGCAUAUGGGAAGCAUUCA